AUGGCUGCGGCGCGACGCGCGGGGUCCCACCUGGCGAGGUCGAGCGUGGCCGAGCUGUGGGCGCCCAUCAGGCAGGCGAACCUCCGGAGACAGGCGUCGCGGCGGUCGUCCUGGCCGGCGGCGCCUCCCUCGUCGGAGCGGCGCCGGCUCGAGGAGGUGAAGUUGCCCGUCACGUUGACCGGGACGACGGGCACCACGAGGGACGCGACCAGCGGCAGCGCCAGGUACAGCAGCCCCACCUGCCGGCCAGUGCGCGUGUCUGUCUGCCCUGCCACCCCACCUGCCAGCCAGCGUGCGUGUCUGUCUGCCCUUCCACCCCACCUGCCGGCCAGCGCGCGUGUCCGUCUGCCCUGCCACCCCACCUGCCGGCCAGCGCGCGUGUCCGUCUGCCCUGCCACCCCACCUGCCGGCCAGCGCGCGUGUCCGUCUGCCCUGCCACCCCACCUGCCGGCCAGCGUGCGUGUCCGUCUGCCCUGCCACCCCACCUGCCGGCCAGCGUGCGUUUCCGUCUGCCCUGCCACCCCACCUGCCGGCCAGCGUGCGUGUCCGUCUGCCCUGCCACCCCACCUGCCCGCCAGCGUGCGUGUCCGUCUGCCCUGCCACCCCACCUGCCCGCCAGCGUGCGUAUCCGUCUGCCCUGCCACCCCACCUGCCCGCCAGCGUGCGUGUCCGUCUGCCCUGCCACCCCACCUGCCAGCCAGCGUGCGUGUCCGUCUGCCCUGCCACCCCACCUGCCCGCCAGCGUGCGUGUCCGUCUGCCCUGCCAGCCAGCGUGCGUGUCCGUCUGCCCUGCCACCCCACCUGCCCGCCAGCGUGCGAGUCCGUCUGCCCUGCCACCCCACCUGCCCGCCAGCGUGCGUGUCCGUCUGCCCUGCCACCCCACCUGCCCGCCAGCGUGCGUGUCCGUCUGCCCUGCCACCCCACCUGCCAGCCAGCGUGCGUGUCCGUCUGCCCUGCCACCCCACCUGCCAGCCAGCGUGCGUGUCCGUCUGCCCUGCCACCCCACCUGCCAGCCAGCGUGCGUGUCCGUCUGCCCUGCCACCCCACCUGCCCGCCAGCGUGCGUGUCCGUCUGCCCUGCCACCCCACCUGCCAGCCAGCGUGCGUGUCCGUCUGCCCUGCCACCCCACCUGCCCGCCAGCGUGCGUGUCCGUCUGCCCUGCCACCCCACCUGCCGUCCAGCGUGCGUGUCCGUCUGCCCUGCCACCCCACCUGCCGGCCAGCGUGCGUGUCCGUCUGCCCUGCCACCCCACCUGCCGGCCAGCGUGCGUGUCCGUCUGCCCUGCCACCCCACCUGCCGGCCAGCGUGCGUGUCCGUCUGCCCUGCCACCCCACCUGCCGGCCAGCGUGCGUGUCCGUCUGCCCUGCCACCCCACCUGCCGGCCAGCGUGCGUGUCCGUCUGCCCUGCCACCCCACCUGCCGGCCAGCGUGCGUGUCCGUCUGCCCUGCCACCCCACCUGCCGGCCAGCGUGCGUGUCCGUCUGCCCUGCCACCCCACCUGCCCGCCAGCGUGCGUGUCCGUCUGCCCUGCCACCCCACCUGCCGGCCAGCGUGCGUGUCCGUCUGCCCUGCCACCCCACCUGCCGGCCAGCGUGCGUGUCCGUCUGCCCUGCCACCCCACCUGCCGGCCAGCGUGCGUGUCCGUCUGCCCUGCCACCCCACCUGCCGGCCAGCGUGCGUGUCCGUCUGCCCUGCCACCCCACCUGCCCGCCAGCGUGCGUGUCCGUCUGCCCUGCCACCCCACCUGCCCGCCAGCGUGCGUGUCCGUCUGCCCUGCCACCCCACCUGCCGGCCAGCGUGCGUGUCCGUCUGCCCUGCCACCCCACCUGCCCGCCAGCGUGCGUGUCCGUCUGCCCUGCCACCCCACCUGCCGGCCAGCGUGCGUGUCCGUCUGCCCUGCCACCCCACCUGCCCGCCAGCGUGCGUGUCCGUCUGCCCUGCCACCCCACCUGCCGGCCAGCGUGCGUGUCCGUCUGCCCUGCCACCCCACCUCACUACUAUAGUGAGCUAGUUGUUUCGUAA